AUGGAUAUAUUCAAAGGCCUUGAUCUCGAGUUCUUGGAGUCUUAUUCGGGCUAUCCAAGGCGAAAGAUUAUCACCGAAGAGUUCGGUCAUUCCAGGUCUCCAAAGCGACAGAAGAUUGCGGUAGGGCUCGAUUGUUCAUACAAUAAACCCCCCUCCGAUUCACUCGGUUUCUUUGAUCAGUCGAUUGGAGACCCUCUUUCCGAUCAUGAAGCAUUAAAUUGGAGCGACGUUGGAUGUUAUGUCGAGAAGCAAAACAACGGACAUGACGAUACAGCUCAGGCAGUUGAGCCUCUGUUGAUAGAACGAGCACUGGGACAGCCCGACCGAUCGAAGGUUGAUCAACAACUCCAACCGACGGAACGAAAUCCAGCUUCCGGCGAUCCUAAGAAGCACUCCGAAAGUGCGGUUCUCGACGCAAAACAAAUCACCGAAGCCGCCGGUGCAAUCAUGGGAUACAGCUUUGUUUCCGAGCCGACAAUUCGCCUCCAUUCUCUAGAGCGGCGCGCAAAAGAGGCAAUAGGAAAACAGUCGAUUCGAGAUCGCCAUGCAGCCCGACAGUUCAACGAACGUGUGCUUCUCCAAAUCCGAGAGUUAGAAGUCAUCUACACGCCUUCGCCAGACAUCCGUGAAUCAUCGCAAGUGCUCCUUCAACCAUCCCGCCCCAUCCAGGAGGCUUUGCCGAUCAUCAUGCUGGCGCGGUUUGUCCCACCAAGCAGUCAUACUUGCUGGGUCAAACUGCCCUUGGACGUCAAAAAGAGAGGAAAAGAAAGGAUUUUAAACGACGUGGUCUACGCCAGAAUCUCCCAUCUUGCAGAUCAUCUGAACCGGUUCCAUAACUUGUUUCGCUUCAAUGGACUCGAUCGAAUCGUUCUCGGAAAAGCUACAAACACCCACAAGGCUCUUCUUGAUUGGUUUUAUGAUCUCGUCUUCACAGCCACACUGGAUCGCUUGCCUCUCCUCGGCCAAAUUCAUCCAACCUGCUCGCUGAGAACACUCACGGAUCCCCAGAUAAUUCUCUAUAAAAUCUUGACCGAUUCAAAGAAGUUGAACAGGCAUACAGCUGCGGUAGCUGCCCUCGAUCUGAUGGAACAUUGGUACCAACAACAUCCCUCUAGACUUCCCAACUGCCCGCUCUCUAAACAGGGUGGUUAUCUCAAAUUAAUCUAUGAUCGGGUAUUCAAACCAAAAAAAACCCUACACUCAAAACGAAGAGGAAGAUAGCAGCAAGAUCAUGAAUGAUCACCCAGAUGAUCAUUAUUUUUUGUUGAUGAUCCUAUAAUUAGUGGGUG